CAUGCGCACAGCGAAGGCCCGCCCCAAGUAUGGAUGCCUCCUCUGACUACGCGUGCGCACUGGGGGCAGCUGUGCCCCUUAGACCCCCGGGCUCACGCGCUGUAUCCGCAGAAAGGACUGCGCCUUCCUGAUUCGGGCCGUCGAGGCACGCCCUCUCGUGGGGAACCGGCGCAGAACAAUUACACAGAGUGUGUUGACUGCCCUUCUUCCCACAGGCAUUUAUUGAGCGCCCACUGGAUGCCAGGCACUGCGCUGGGUGCUGCUACCUAAGGGACAACGACCGAGGCAGCCCAGCAGGGAAGCCCUGAUCGCCAAGGAGCGGGUCUCAGCGGUCGGCCACGUUUUCCCCUACAGCUAACAGACAGUCCAGCGCGUACACGUCUGCGGACCGAGGGACCGAGGGGAGACGAAGCCGGCCCUGCCCUCCGGGGUCGGGCUGCCGGGAAAGGAACGGUCGGAGGGUAGAGGUGGCUGUGGGCGCGCCCGUGGGGCGGGGCUGGGGAACGGGACUUGGGCAGGGGACAGGGGCCUGGCGGGAAGGGCACUUUCCCGCGGCCGCGCAGAUGGCUGCUCCGGGCGCCGGACCGGGGCUGGGGGCGUCACCGGGGCUGGAGGCGGCCCUGCAGAAGCUCGCGCUGCGGCGGAAGAAGGUGCUGAGCGCCGAGGAGAUGGAGCUGUACGAGCUGGUGCAGGCGGCGGGCGGCGCCAUGGACCCCGAUGUGUUCAAGAUCCUGCUGGACCUGCUGAAGCUGAACGUGGUGCCCCUCGCCGUCUUCCAGAUGCUCAAGUCCACGUGCGCCGGGCAGAGGCUGCCGAGCGAGUCCCAGGCCCCCGCGGCCGUGUCACUGCCCACAUCCAGCGCACCUGAGACGAGAGGUCAGAGGUGGGCCCGGUGCUCCCUGCUCCUGUGGUCCCGGAGGCGAGGUGGCGGGGAUGGGGCGGAUAGCGGGGCGGCAGCGCCCAGCCCAGCGUCGGCUUGGCCCUCAGUGGCCAGGCCUUUCUGCUGGUCUUCUCCCAGGACCCGCUGGGCUAGCCAAGGGCUCACCCCUGGGGCUCCGUCUCUUCGGCUUGGCUGCCGCCCUUGAGAGAGCACGUGCAGAUCGGUGGCCGCAGAGCAGGUGCCCCAGGGAGGCCCAGUAGGCUAGGCUUCAUCUGGGGCUUUUGCUGCCCCAGCCUCUUCUCACCUCUGGGCUCCUGCCUUCAUCCCACAAACAGCGGACGAGACUGCUCUGGUCUUCGAGGACUCGGCGCUGCACCUUCCACACCAUUUCUCCAUCUAUGAUAUGAAACGCCAUAGAGCUAAGGAAUCAUAGAACAUCUUUUAGCAUAGAACUUUAAAAACAAUCUCCUCACUCAAACCUUUCAACAUUACAAGAAUAAGUAACUCUACUUUUAAAUAGUACACUAUAUAUAAAAAAAAGUUUAAUAUUUUAAUAUUUUUAAGAAGAACGAUAAAUAUUAAUUUCCCCUUUCCGCUCAUACUUUGCCUAAGCCAAAAAAUAAAGAAUAUUAGCCAAUUUUACCCAUCGAUUUGGCACCCACAGGAAUAUAUAAAAAAAGAUUAAAGACUUCAAAAAACUGGAUCUAAAAACAUAGAUUUUUUUUAGAUUUUUCUAAAAUAUUACAAUAAAAUUUCUAAUAAAUGAAUACAAUUAUUCAAUAAUGAUUAGUAUAAUAAUUAAGUUCUUCUCCCCAAAUCAAUCAUCUGAGAUUUGUCAUCAUAACUUACAAUAAAAUAUAUCUAAUAGUCCCAAAAUCUGCACCGUACUCAUCUUGAAGUAAUGAAUAUUUGAAAAUACUGAAAGUCACUAUGGCUUUCUUUCUCAUUUACAAAUCGGUGAUGGCAUUUUCAAAUUCAGGGACUCUCCUCCGCCCCUGCCAAGUGUCCACACACAAUUAAGCAGAACAAGAGAUGCCCAAUUCUUGAGUUAGAACUGCAUUAAACCAGCAGAUGACACACCAGAACACUACCCAGAAAUGUAUGCUCCUUUUGCUACCUCUCUUAAAAAUCCCUUUCAGACUAUGGUUAAUACUGAGGUAAUUAAACUUAAAGUAUACCAAGACUUAGUUUACUAAGUCUACUAUCAAAUCAAAAUACUCUUAAGAAAAAUUCUGAUUAAAAAAAAUUCAGCAAUUAGUUCUCAUGAUAAAACUAUUUCUCAUGGCAUAAAAAAUUAAACCACAAAUUAACAUUUCAUAUACUUAGAGUAGGCAUAUUUUCACUUGUAAAGAUCUAUUCAAAAAAUGUGUGCCUAAAGCAAAAACUACUAGAAAAAUGUAUCUUUAUCUUUAGACUAUGCACCACUUUAAAAGUAUUCUUAUUGUAGCACACUUUGGAAAUAAAUUUUGCUAAGGGUGUGUUAAGUGGUUCUCAACUUAUAGCUACUCAACUUUGCUUAAAUAUUUUUACACUUUUGGUCAGAAUAUAUUCCAAUAUGUAUUUUUCCAAAUAUAAUAAAAGUGACAUUAUUCUACUUUACA